GAGACGCGCUCCCCAUUGGCCGGCGCCGCGACGCUGACCCCGCCCCUCCUCCUCGGAGCUCAUUAACGCGGUGGAAGCGGAGGGAGCGGCGCCGCCGUAUUAAUGUGCAGCGCGGUGAGAGAGCGAAAGCGCAGAGAAGCACACGGGCAAGCGAGCUCAGGACAGCGCUGGGGAGAAUGGCUGUGCCUUCGACAGGCAUCCUCCUUUACCUUGGGAUAUUCCUCUUCACUCUCCACGGCAAAGUUUCGGCCCAGGCGCUGCAAGCGGAGAACGUGACCGUGACAGAGGGCGGCCGGGCGGAGAUCAAUUGCAAGCUGCAGAGCUAUGACGGGUCCAUCGUGGUCAUCCAGAACCCCUACAGACAGACGCUGUUCUUCAACGGGACCCGAGCCCUGAAGGACGAGCGUUUCCAGAUGGUUCAGUUCACUCCGAGGCUGGUGAAGAUCGUUCUGUCCAACGUCAGGGUGGAGGAUGAGGGGGGGUACUUCUGCCAGCUCUACACCGAUGCCACCCUCCACCAGGUGGCAACGCUCACAGUGCUCGUGCCCCCUGCAGAGCCUCAAGUGGAAGUGAAGGAGCAGGUGGUGGAGGGAGGGGUGAUGGAGCUGACCUGCAUUGCUCCCAGAAGCAAACCCCCGGCCACACUGCGUUGGUACAGAGACCGCCGGGAGAUACCAGGAGUGACCAGCCAGCAGGACAAUGACAAGACGGUCAGCGUGUCCAACACCAUCCGCCUGGCGGUCAGCAAGAGGGACGACGGGGCCCUCGUGACGUGCGAGGCGACGCAUCCUGCCCUGCGCAGCCAGAGGAAGAUCACGCAGCAUGCCCUCGACGUGCACUACGCCCCAACAGUGAAGAUUCAGCACCCCCCUGGAGUGAUGAGAGAAGGGGACAGCCUGUCUCUGGACUGCAUCAUCUCAGCAAACCCAAUGCCCCGCGCGGUGCUCUGGUCCCGGCUCAACAGCUCUCUCCCCGAGAGGACAGAGACCCAGGGGACCCUGCUGACCAUCCCCCGGCUCAGCGCGCUGGACAAUGGGACCUACGUGUGCGAGGGACACAACCAGUACGGGCGUGCGGCCGACGAGUACACACUGGUGGUGUACGACACCCCUCCUGUCAUUGAAUUCAAAGACCCGGGUGCGAUCGUGGAGGCGCAGAGAUACCUUCCCUACUCCGUCAUUGGAGGCAUUCUGGCCGUGCUGGUGUUCGGAGUGAUCACUGUGCUCACUGUAACCAUCUGGUGCUCUGUCAGGCAAAAAGGCUCGUAUCUGACCCACGAGGCGAGUGGAUUGGAUGAGCACGGAGAGGUGCAGGAGGCCUUCCUGAACGGGAGCGAGACCCGGGAGGGGAAGAAGGAAUAUUUACUGUAAAAACCUAAAGAAAACAAACAAACCACAACUCAGGCAGCAGGGACGAGCCAGACAGAGACAGGGGGACGAGAGACAGUCAAAGGAUCCCUUGGAAAUAAUUCAAACCUAGCGCUAGUACAUUCUAAUUUUUUAUUUUUUUUUCUGUGAGAGUAGCGUACACUGUAGAUACCAAGACUUGUAGUGGAAACGUUAGCCAUAGAAAUUAGUUUAUUUUUCAAUUAGUGACUGUGUGUGUAUCUGUCAAUGCUUCUGACGAGUGUAGCGCUGGUCUUCAAAGGACCGUUUACACUGAAGAGUCAGCACAGAGAAAGCAAAUAUAUAUAAAUACAGCUUCAUUACAUUGCUGAUAAAAAAAAAAAAUAUAUAUAUCGUUGGCUUUGGUCAAGAGCUGAUUUAUUUGAAUGUUUUAUUUUGUGGAAGGACGGGGCAUUUUUAAUAUUACCUCCCCAUACAAGUAUUGACUUUGGUUUUCUUUCAGAAAAAGAAAAAAAUAUAUGAAGAAUGCCCUCUAUAGAUGCUUUUCUUCUAAAAUCCCCCUGCACCCUCGCUUCCUGCCCAAUCGGGCUGCUCCCCCCAUUGACAGUGUUAUGGCAGGUGUUUCUAAUAUUUUGCCCCUGCAGCUUUUCUUAAGCGAUCGCUAACCAGUUGCGUAGCCUGUAUUGAUCUGCGCUGCGAGACCCCAGGGGGUGUCUGAUCUGUGCUGAGAGACCCCAGGAGGUGCUCCGUCCUUCGGAUGAGAUGUCAAACAAACGAGGUCGGAGACACAAACACAAGAGCUUGCCCCCGUGUAAAAGUGCCAUCCUCCCUGUGUUUUAAUCAGCUAGUAUAGAAAGGAGACUGGAUUACAAAGGGAAUCUAUUGACUGACUGUUAGCUUCGUGUUAACACUGGGAAAAGUUGCAUCAGAAUACAUGUCACGUUUAUUAUCAUCAUUAUUGUUAUUGUUGUUAUUAUUAUUAUUAUUAUUAUUGUGUUUUUUUAUUGCUAUGCUUUUUGUAUAGUUAAUUUUCUGUCUUAACAUUUUUUUUUUUUUGUCCAUAAGGUGAAAAUAAAAGCUAAUAUAUAUAUUGAUAUUGCGAACCUUUUUUAAAACCUAAACAGAUGUCAUUACUGCUAAAUAAAAUAAUAUAAUAUAAUAUACUCUGUGUACUUCUGAAAACGUAGCUGACUGACUCAACACCUCAUGCUUUGUCCCUCCUCCCCCUCUCCUCUCCCCUAAGAUUCAGAACUAAAACAGUAAGCGUUAUUUACAUGUUGUAUGGUUAUUUAUGGUAGGAUGCACGGUUAACGUUUAUUUCUGUCCUUGUGACCUGAUUUAUCAGGGUUAGAAACGAUCUCUGUUCUCCUGCACGGAGUCUUUUAAGAAACGCAGCGAUCCUCACAAACCCAAGCAGCUGCUGCUUCACUCGUUUCGAACGGUAAAAUCAGCCCGAUCGACACCAGCGACCCUCGUCUGAUCACCAGCCCGAUUUCAGUGGGGCGACCCAUCCUGAUUUUUAAUGGGAUAUUCGGUUCGUGCGCCGCUGCCGUCGAAAGACGCGCGAAACCCACUCUGUAAAUCCCCCCCCCCCCAAAAAAAUCAUGUUUUCUGUAACCUACAGAACAGGAAGUGAUUGAUUCGGUACCAGGAAGCAGUAACGAUGAAGUAGCGUUAAAAUAUCGACCAACAGAGAGAGUACAACAAGCAGCUGAAAAAUAUCUUUAACACAAGGCAAGGGGAAGUGUGGAUAAGGGACUCUACCUAUAUCUGAAGGGAUGGAAAUAAGACUUCUAUUGCAUAGCAGCAUGAUCCAGUCCAGGUUGUACUGUGUGCUUGACAAGCCCCCAGUGUGUCUAGGUAACAAGUUCAGGUGUGUCUUAUUCUUAAACUCAAGCAUAAGGAUCGAAUGACAAAUUAAUAAAUGCGUGGAUCAAUGAUGCAAUCUAUCACAAUUACACAGGCGUGCCAAGCUUCAAUUAGUUACACUGUAGUUGCAUUUAAUUACAGAUUUACAACUGUGGUUCACCCCCAUGUCUGCCCACAAUAUAGAAUGCAUUUUAUUAAAAACAAGGUUCAGAAAAUCAAGUUUAAAAUGCAGUUUCGUUUAUCUCUUCCCUUCUUGCAAUGCAGCUGGCUCCUGGAGGAGACUCUGCGUCUCGUGUCAGUGUGUGUUUCUCAUGGUUUUUCAUUUGAAACUGUUCCUUUUUCACACGUCCUGGGUAAUAUAGUCACUGUGUGUCUCGUCUAUUUCUUCUGUGUGUUUUAAUGGUGGGCGUUCUCCUUCAUCUUCCUCACUUGUCAUUUUCUACCCUUUCUUGGAAAACCAUUUUGUACAGAAACUGCCAGACAGAUGGUGUGUUUACAACUAAUAAAAACUUUUAAUGUUACAAAAAA